CCUCGCCCGGGUCAUUACCGUGCUCCUUCUCUCUCUGACUCUCUCUCCGCUUCUGAAUCGAGGCGUGCUCCCAACGCAACCGCAACCACGUUAACUUCUCAGAGGUCCGGGGUCUCCUGCGGAGCCAGGAGCCGAACCGGUCGACUCAUGGAGUUGCUGUCCACGCCGCACAGCAUAGAGAUCAACAACAUCACCUGCGAUUCGUUCCGCAUCUCUUGGUCCAUGGCUGUGGGAGACCUGGACAGAGUCACCCACUACUUCAUUGACUUGAACAAGAAAGAGAACAAGAACUCCAACAAGUUCAAGCACCGGGACGUCCCUACCAAGCUGGUGGCCAAGGCCGUUGCACUGCCCAUGACGGUGAGGGGGCACUGGUUUCUGAGCCCCAGGACAGAGUACAGUGUGGCUGUGCAGACAGCCGUGAAGCAGAGCGACGGGGAGUACCUCGUGUCCGGAUGGAGCGAGACAGUCGAAUUCUGCACAGGAGACUAUGCGAAGGAGCAUCUGGCUCAGCUGCAGGAGAAGGCCGAGCUUAUAGCAGGGCGAAUGCUUCGGUUCUCCGUCUUCUAUCGGAAUCACACCAAGGAAUACUUCCAGCAUGCCAGAAUGCACUGCGGGAACAGCAUGAAGCCGUACCUGAAGGACAACAGCGGCAGCCACGGGUCGCCCACCAGCGGCAUGCUGCACGGCAUCUUCUUCAGCUGCAACACCGAGUUCAACACGGGCCAGCCCCCGCAGGACUCACCCUAUGGCCGCUACCGCUUCCAGGUCCCUGCCCAGCGCCUCUUCGGCCCCAACACCAGCCUCUACUUCGCGGACUUCUACUGCAUGUACACCGCCUAUCACUACGUCAUCCUGGUGCUGGCGCCCAAAGGCUCUUCCGGAGACCACUUCUGCCAGGAGCGCUUGCCACAGUUGGACAUCUCCUGCAACAAGUUCCUGACCUGCUGCAUGGAGGACGGCGAGCUCGUCUACCGCCAUGCCCAGGACGUCAUCCUGGAGAUCAUCUACACCGAGCCCGUCGACCUCAGCUUGGGCGUCUUGGGCGAGAUCAGCGGCCACCAGCUCAUGAGCCUCUCCACCGCCAAUGCCAAGAAGGAUCCGAGCUGCAAGACGUGCAACAUCAGUGUGGGGCGCUAGAGACUGGGGGAGGGGAGGGGAAAGGAGGGGAGGGGAGGGGAGGGGAAAGGAGGGGAGUGGUGUGCAACAUGGAUGCCAGAGCGCUCUGUGGAGAAGCCCUUGGCGAUGGAACGGCCAUCUAGGAAUGGCCCCCAGUUAGGGUCUGGGAGAAUCAGACCCUUCCGUGCAGCCCACCGAACCAGCAUCCAUUGGGCUCUCGUCCACGUCUCCAUGGCCAGCGCAAGUAAGACCCCGAGCGGCAAGAAACCCAUCUGGGCAGCAUGGCUUGGCUUGCUCCUCUGGCAAGAGAAACAGCCGCGUGCCAGAGGGUGCAGGGGUCCAGCCCUCGCUCUCCUGGGGUCUCUUUACAAGAAGUCAGGCCACUUCUUUUCUAUUCCCUCGCCCCAUUCAAACCGAAGCGGACAUUUCACUUUGUGCACACACAGCAAGUCACCUGGCCAGUGGAAUAAGCGCUCCCACUUCCUGGACAGGACAUCCCACAUGGAACAUUUUCUGCUUCUGUUCUGCUGUUUUCUUGGCCACCUUUUUAUGUCAGGGGUGCAAAUUUGCCCCACCCCCAGCAUUAUGGCCAAUCUUUCUCCCCUACCUUUUAUAAAUGGUUGCCCAGC